AAUUAUACUAUCUAUGAAUGGACACAUUAUAGUUAUUCAAUAAUUUACAUUACCGCGAAGACAUUCUACACAGUAAUGUUAGCGAUAAAAUUAUAUACAUGGGGCAAAACCUACGUAAUAGUGCUUUCCUUGUUUCUUCCGAACAUUUUACGGACCCGGAACGUCUUCCGGUUGAUGAUGUCGGAUUUCUGUGCAUGCCGCGCAGUGCAGCCGUUGUCAAAGUCGUAGCUGGAGACCACCUGAACUGUCACAAUGGGGAUACUGGAGAAAAUCUCAGAGAUAGAGAAAGAAAUUUCUCGGACACAGAAAAACAAAGCCACCGAGUACCAUCUUGGAUUGCUCAAGGCCAAACUAGCUAAAUACAGAGCUCAGCUUCUGGAGCCCUCCAAGUCAUCGGGGGCCAAAGGCGAGGGCUUCGAUGUCAUGAAAUCAGGAGAUGCACGUGUUGCUCUUAUUGGUUUCCCCUCUGUGGGUAAGUCCACCUUCCUUAGUUUGAUGACAUCAACAGCCAGUGAAGCUGCUUCCUACGAGUUCACUACGCUUACCUGCAUACCUGGUGUCAUAGAGUACAAAGGAGCCAACAUCCAGUUGCUAGAUCUGCCAGGAAUCAUUGAGGGUGCUGCGCAAGGUAAGGGUAGAGGUCGGCAGGUCAUUGCUGUUGCCAGGACCGCAGAUGUCGUCAUCAUGAUGUUGGAUGCCACCAAAGGAGAUGUUCAGAGAGAACUUCUAGAAAAAGAAUUGGAGUCAGUGGGAAUCAGACUCAACAGGACGAAACCAAAUAUUUAUUUCAAGCCCAAGAAAGGUGGUGGCCUCUCCUACAACUCCACACUUCCUCUCACCCACUGUUCAGAAAAGCUGGUUCAGCUCAUCCUUCACGAAUACAAAAUCUUUAAUGCAGAAGUCCUCUUCAGGGAGGACAGCACACCAGACGAGUUCAUUGACGUCAUCGUUGGGAACAGAGUUUACAUGCCUUGCCUAUACGUCUACAAUAAGGUGGAUCAAAUCUCCAUCGAGGAAGUGGACCGCCUGGCUCGCGAACCUCACAGUGUUGUCAUCAGUUGUGGGAUGAAGCUGAACCUGGAUUAUCUUCUGGAGACGCUGUGGGAAUACCUGGCUCUGAUUUGCAUUUACACUAAGAAAAGAGGAGAGCGCCCUGAUUUUAAUGAUGCCAUCAUUAUGAGAAGAGGUGCAACAGUAGAACAUGUGUGCCAUCGAAUCCACAGAACCUUAGCCAGCCAGUUCAAAUACGCCCUGGUUUGGGGAACCAGUACCAAGUACAGCCCGCAGAGGGUCGGCUUAACGCACGUUAUGGAGCACGAGGACGUCAUCCAGAUUGUUAAGAAAUAAAACAAGCUUGUGACUGGACAGGAGAGACUUAGCAAGAGGAGUCAAAUUUUUGUUGGAGUUGAAUUGAGGAAAAAGUACUGUACAGUAGAUGUACAGCAAUGGCCCAUAGCCACCAUUCUUAUUUUGUAUAAGAUAAUUAAUAAAAAAAGAUUAGAGACAUCAGAUUUGGAUUGAGGAGAGGAACCAGUGUAUUUUAUCUUUUGAUUAAGAUAAGACAUUAAUUGAGAUGGAGAAAUAAAGUCCA